GGUUUUCUUGUUCCUCGCUGGUACUAUUCGUCUUCUUCAGAAAUGGCGUCUGGCAGUACUCUUUCCUUCUCCGGAAGUCCAUCAAUUACCUUCGACAAGCUAAAUGGAAAAAAUGAUCUAUCAUGGUCUGCUGCCGAUGAAAUGUGGUUCCUUGGCCAAGGGCAUUAUGACCACCUUGAGCGAGAUGGAAGCCAUGUGCCUACUGAAAAAGCUGAUCAGUGGAAACAAGCAGAUUUCCAGUUUUGUGCUUGUUAUGGCAAUCUGUGGAACCCAAAUCUUGUAUCUUUGAGGGCUUUCAAAACUUGUCACUCCUUUUGGAAGAAAGCCCAAAGCAUUUAUGCCAACGAUAUUCAACGUCUCCAUGACACUACGAACAAGCUUGCAUCUCUUAAAAUGGCAGACCAUGAUAUGGUGUCCUUCAUGGCUGAAGCCCAAUCUGCUGUCGAAGAACUCAGGAUGUUUUUGGAAGCGGACCCAUUAAAGGAUAUAAAAAAGAAACUAGACAAAUUUUACAUGGUGUUGAUCCUUCGUGCCCUACAUCCCGAUUUUGAUCAUCUCAAAGAUCAACUUCUAACUAGUCAUGAGGUCCCCUCCAUGGAAACAUUGACCACUCGCUUUCUGCGUGUCUCGGUACCUCAAACUCAAGAAGCGCAUGAACUAGUGGAACCAUCUGUCAUGGUUGCCACAGGAGGAAGAGGAGGACGUGGCACUAGAGGAGGAGGACGGGGAGGUCGGGGACGUCCUCAAUGCACAUACUGUAAAAGGAUGGGUCAUACUCAAGAGAAUUGCUACUCCUUAUAUGGUUUUCCUUCCAAAACUGUCAAUAUUUUGAAGACUGAAACUUCCACUUCUAUGUUUUCUGAGGAUGAAUAUCAAGAGUAUUUAAGGUUAAAGUCUAACAGCUUGACACAACCAUCUCAAUCUCCCAGUACAUCAACAACCUGCGUUUCUCAAUCUAUGGAAGGUCAAAAUUCAUGGGUAAUUGACUCAGGUGCUUCUGAUCACAUUUCUGGAGCGUGGUUCGGGAAAACAAAUUGGAGAAGGAUAUGAAGCUGGCGGAUUAUACCAUUUUGGAUCUCGUCCAAGGGUGUCCAGUGUUGCUGCUCCUAAUCCUAAAGUGCUACAUGAUCGACUUGGCCAUCCUCAUUUGUCCAAAUUAAAAAAGAUGUGUCCUGAACUUAGUGGUCUCCAAACUUUAGAAUGUGAGUCAUGUCAAUUAGGAAAACAUGUUAGAUCUUCCUUUCCUAAAAGGUCUCAAUCAAUAUGUAAUUC